GCUGUUAUCUGGAUAAAUGAAUAUCAGAAAAUUUGUGGAAAUCGGUGGCAAGUACUAUCGCACGGGCGGCUGAAAUGUAGAAGUUGUUUUUCAAUUUUGACAACAAUGGUUUGUGGAUCAAGGCAAUUGAAGCUGUUCCAACUUUUCUUGCUAUUGCUAGCGCCGUUGUUGGCAAGGUGUCAAACGCCACAGGAGCAAAACCUUCAGAAUUCUGUGAACAGUGCUAGUUUCCAUGCAGAUCUACCAUUUCUCGGCGACAGCCACAAGAAAAGAUGGUAUUUGUACCUGGUCAUCUCAGUCGUAGGUGCCGCCUUCCUCAUGAGCCUCACUGUGGUGAUCUUUGGCUUUGUGAAGUGGAGCCAGCGGAGAAGGAUACUUGCCAAGAGGGCAGAAGCGACAGGGGAUGAAGAGGCGGUGGCCAAACGCACUGAUGUUUAUGGAAACUUGCACGAGAAGGAGUUGAAGGCUCCAGUGAGGCUGGAACUCCUGGCUUUCAAGCCCACAAAGGAAGAUGACCUGCGUGUGAGGGUUGUUUGCAAGGACAACGAGGCGGCAUUGCAGAGGGAACGGAUGCGCAGGACAGCUCAGCAUGAAAACCCCUUGCAGAAGCUGCAUACGCUGCGCAGACUCAAUUCCUCUUGAAGGGCGGCCUUCAUCCUUCUGCUCUCAUAGCAGUCAUCAGGACAGCUGUGACCUGGAUAGUUGCUGCCGGCACUUGCUAAAGAAGCGAACACACCUUGUUCUUUGAGUGUCAUAGGGAAUUUUGAUGCCAUUUUUGGUGUGUCAGGAACUUUGGCUGUAUUGCAACUGAAUUAGGUCAUGAGCUCAAGGAUAGUAAGUCUUGCACAGAG